UGUACGCGUAAGAUAUUCAAAGUGUAUCGAGAAAACGCGGUUGGCAUCGGAGGCGGUUGAACGGAGAGCAGGUCGAGGGUCUCGUUUUGGCCGAGAAGGCGGACAAUCGAAAGAAAGAAGGCAAGAUCAGGGCCAGAAGACAAAUGUCUUCCUACGCGGAGGCCGGUCGGUUCUAUCAGGGUAGUCGAUCGAGUUGAUUCGCACACACACACACAGAGAGAGAGAGAGAGAGUGAGUGAGAGAAAAGGGGGAAGAAAGGUGGAACGAAUGAAAACGAGACGGAUUGAAGAGAGAAGGAGAGUCGCGGCGCGGCGCGGCACGGCACGGCACAACUGGCCGCCAAGAUGCAAGUACACGUGCACGUCGUAUGCACCGACUCGAGUAUUCUUCUGUGUCGGCUGGUUCGUCGAGGUUCCAGCUGCCGAUCGGGAUCAGGGGGAAUCGGGAUCGGGAUUGGGAUCUAAAAUGUUACAUGAACGUGUGCACGUACGUAGGUGCAAUUGGUCGUUCGUUCGCUCGUUCGCCCGUUCGUUCGUUCGUUCGUUCGUUCGUUCGUUCGCUCGCUCGCUCGCUCGUUCUCUCGAACGGCCCGUGCGAACGCUAUCCGGUGCAUAUGUGCGCAUGCAGCUCGCGAUCCACCCACCCUUCGCAAAAGAGCCUCGACUCUCACCUGUUUUUACCCUGCCGCCGGUUCAUUUGUAAUUUAAAACGAGCCUCGAUUGCCCAAUGCCCGGUCUCCCCCUCCCAGCGUCCACACAUAUCGCCUUAGUCCAUAAAUUCGUGCGUAUUUUUCCCGUCGUAAAAGUUUGCCGGCUACUUGAAAAAUAUCGCCGGGUAACCCGCGGUCUACCCGGUUAUUUGAUCGUAGAUAGCUCUCAUCGGUUAGUAAACGGGGAAUUAGUAGAUAGGGUGCUUCCUCCGAGAGUCUGCUUCACGCUAUUGGUCGUUCGUUUCGCCAGAUUCGUCAACGAUUCUCUUACGAGGAACGUGAAACGAUUUGUAGAUCGAACGUUGUAUCGCGUACGUUGCGAAACGCAAGGGAGGAACCGUACGUACUUUCUCUUUCGCAACCUCGCCGAAAUUCCUACGUCGGUAACAGGCUGUCGCGACCGGAAGUUCGAUCGCGAUCGUGGUACAGGGCCCCCUCGUUUCGUACACACCCCCGCGCCGCAGUUUUGCGUGUUUAUGCAGAUGCCCGAUGGAAAAAUGCUCGUACGUACGGUUACCGACAUCUGUCAGAUUCGCCGGCAGAUAGAUCGAGAGGCACGUGUCGACGUCUCCAAAACAGCAACGUUUCUCCAUUGAACUGGUUCGAUCUUCUUCUAUCUCCCUUCCUCUAUCUUCUACUCUCGGCGACGACGAAACGAAAAGGUCAGGUGAUCCGCGGCAUCGUCCCUCUCUCUCUCUCUCUCUCUCUCUCUCAUCUAUCUAUCUAUCUAUCUAUCGCACUCUCGAACUCUUUGAACUCGCGCGAGAAGGAAAGCUCGAGGUCCAUCGAGCACGAAUCUUCACGCACGGUUAGGCGUUUGCACGUGCGUGUCGCGCAAGGGUAGCAAAGGGGUCGAAGGCAGCGGGAACGAAGAAUCCACGGACGGGCGGCACUUUCUUGCGGCAACUUUCGUCCACCUGAAGCGUGGAAAGCGUCUGGCGGCUAUCUAGGCGGUGAACGGUAUGGAAUAGGGUGGACGCUGUGUACGAGGCGACGCAGCACGCGGCCGUGGGGUUGGAGCGGAAAAAAACGAGGGUUAGCUUCUCCGCCCCCUGGACUCACACUUCCACGUGUACGCCACGUGGAAAAAAGGACGAGACCGACGUAAAAAUGCGACGCGUGGGGAUCGCCGGCCGGUGGUGGGGGUGAAAGCGGCCGAACGAAGGAAGGGAAAAGCGGGCAGAGGAAAGGACAGAACUCUCGAAGGGUGGAGGGUGUUCCGCGCGGGAGUAAGUGACAGCUAGAAAGAGGAGAAGAAGGAGAGUAGAGGGGAAAGACGUUGCCGUGGCAGGAAGGGAUGGAGAGCUUGGAGGAUGGUGGGGGCAGACACGUUAGACGAGAAAGGGAAGGGAUCGUCUAUUUGACGAGGAGGGUGCGUAAGACGAGUAGGAUGACCAUCGACCAGCCUCGGCUAUGAAACGAACAUCGGCGCCUCUGUUGAAAAGUCGACGUCCUGCUCGAGGUCGACGAUCUAUCAUUCGAUCGAGAUCAUCGCGAGACGGAAACGAGCCACCCUCCUUCUCGGCUAAUUGUCGGAAUUUAUAGCACGUAACGCAGCGAGCGCGCCACUAACGGCCACGGCCACGUAACGUCCGUACACGACGCUACGCGUUUACGACGAGAAAGACACGUGGCGUAAAAACUUUCGAUCGACGAGGAAAAAUCCGAUUCGAGGGGUUAGCCAGCGAGGAGCCAGCGGGAAAGGAUAAAAAAGAAAGCGCGUUCCACUCCCCCUCGUUCUGGUUAGUCACGCGUGUGUGGCCAUACGAAGCAUAAGGGAGGAGGCCAUUUUUAUACGACGGUCCCCUUCUUUUUACGCGUACCUCAGACUGCAGCUACACACCCCCUUACACGAGCCCUCGACAAGAAUUUUUCGGUCAGUCGAAUUCAUCGUGUCGUUACGUUCGCACGGUUGUAUAUACGAUAGAUCUAGGGUUAAAGGAGAUACGAAAGUUAAAGGAAAAAAGAAAGAUAGAAAUAGAACAGAGACAUACCGCGGUACGCGUUCCAGUUCUCGCAUCUCACGAGCUUCGGAUGCUACUUUCAAGGGCGAUCUUGGACGAACUUUGGAAGAAAAGUAGGCGCGUGUUUAUGUUGCCGUAGGAACGCGAGGGGGCGCGUCAGGGACGGAGGGAGAGGCAGCAUCGGCGAUUCAGGUACACGGACGAGGAUGAUCAGAGUUCUUGGAUCCUGCGUUUCCGCAGCGUUUUCUCGAGAGGGAGGAUAGAGGAGGCACGGCGGAGAAACGGAAACGUCGGCGAAAAAGGGAAGGAUAGAUAGAUCCGGUGGAGGGAAGCUUCGAGCGGGAGACGCGUUGCAGCAAGAGAUUCCCGCGCAGGAGAGGAAGACUGGACAAAGCGGAAGAAGCAGAAUAAGACGAGCAAAGCAGAAGAAGCGGAGGAACACAGGAGUAAAAGAAGAGCGAAAGCGAGACGCGUAGAAGCGGGGUUGCGACGGAAGUGAUUCGAUAACGAAAAAGGAAAGAGGAAGGCAGAUAGAGCGAGGCAGAAGGGAAGAGAGAAGAGAAAGGUGGAUCAAGAAGAAUAACAUUAAGAGGAAGAAGGUGCAGGAGAAGCAGGAGGAGAAGAAGAAGAGAAAGAGAAAGAAGAAAGAGAAUAAGAAGGAGAGGAAAGAGAAGAUCCGGGAUAAGGAUAGAUUUGGAAGAGGGUAAAGGAAUCAAGUGAAAGCAAGAAGUCGGUAGAGCAAGGAGGAAGGAAAAGGAAGAAAGAAGAGAAGAAGCUCGUUAGAGAGAACCUCGCGCCGCAUACAUAUAUAUUUCAGUGUGUUCAAAAAACGAGUGUACCUAAGUGCAAUAUUAUUAAAGCUAAACGAUAAUAAGAAGCAACCACAACUACCAUCGACGAUAUCGGUAACGACGAGCGGUUAAUCGAUAAUCGAAUAGAAUUCCUUUUAAAGAGUUAAAAACCCUAGAGUCGCAUUUCGAGGAGGAGUCGUGUGAACAGACGCGAAACAAACAGGACGAAGGAUCGUAUAGGAGUGGACGCGGGCACCGCUAAAGCUGUAAACGAAAGGAGAAUCGGCGAUCGGUAGCGGCGGAUGCCAGCCACAGCGUCUUCGACACACGCUGUGCAGACGGAGUGACCGAAAUCCCGACAGAGGAGAACUGCCGUCCCGGUUCAAAGAAAUCACACUACGUAUCACACACGGCCGACGCGCCAGUCCCUUUUCCUUCGGCAUUCGACGAAAGGGCCUGCACGUUCGCACACACGCACACACACGCACAUCGACAUAACGGGGCUACUAACUACUCAGGGCAAAGCGGGACGAGCAGUAUCAUCCGCCAAGUGUGAUUUCUCACCCGGCAGCACAGACUGCCUCUACGACACAUACUUCGGCCAACAACAGAGAGUCUCGCGUCUGCACGGACUGUCCUUCUCGUUCACACCGUCCGGGCUGGGCAAUCCUGAAUUUUAACCUGAACUUAAGUGUAUGAUAGACUUUAAGUUAGAUAGAACAAAGAAAUAGGCUGUUCUCCGCUGACGGAGGACGUCCAAUCGCGCGCGCAUCGAUUCAUCAGGCACACACACGUCCGCACGCACACACGCGCGCGCUCUACCACAUAUAUAUACACACACACGCACACAUACGCGCACACACGUAUACACACACAAACUCGCGCGCGCGCACCCACGCACGCACGCACACUCACACGCACACGCACGUACGCGCGCGCACGCACUAAAACGGGCGCGCGCACACGCGUAGAAGAAACACGUACGUAUCAGAACGUUAAUGCACGUUAGUGGAAGGAGGAUCUGAGGAGGAAGAAGACGAAGAAGAAGAAGAAGAAGAGAAAGAAGAAGCUGCUAGAAUCACCGAACUGCGGAGACGCUUGUACACGGUCAGCGAGAGAUAUAAAGAGCUAUCGGUAUCAAUAUCGGUGAUCGAGUUACGGGAGACGGGUUUCGAAAGAUCGAGAAAAGUGGAAGGGCCAUCGAUCGUAGAGAGAACAACGGAUCGGUGGUGCUUGCGAAUAAGACGAAGAAGACCGGGGAGGAGCCAACGACGAGACAAGUGAGGAAAGAGGCCGAGUGGCGCAAGAGGCCGUGGUACCAAGGCAGAGUGAGAAACGGCCGAAGCAGAGGCAAAAAAAAAAAAGAGCCAAGAGGUGUAUCGAGGGAAAGAGUUUCAUGAGCCAAGUAGCGGGAGGCGGCAGCAGCAGCAGCAGCAGCAGCAGCAACAACAACAGCAGCAGCAGCAGCGGCGGCAGCCCCGGGAAGUCGAAGCAGGUGGCGAGUAAGUGACGUUGCCGGCCGCCCACGUCGAGCGAGGAUCGUUGUCCUUAAGACGAUCCUGGGCUAAGAAGAGCGCGAUACAGCGGAGAGAAAGAUAGGAAGGAACGGCGGCGAGCGCGGAAGUGUGCCGGCCGUCGAGCUGCUUACCGAAAGGGGUGCGAAAAAGCGGGCAAGCUGCGCCGGAAGGGGGUAGCCCGGGCUUCUCGCGAAGGCCUCAAAAUUUCGGACGCGACGGCGGCCCUGGACCUACGUGCCCAGACGCAAACCCAACCCGACUUUGGCUUGGACCACCACCAACAACAGAAUCACCAUCAACACCAACAGCAGCAGCAGCAACAACAACAGCAGCAGCAGCACCAACAGCACCAGCAGCAGCAACAUCAGCAGCAGCAGGGCCAAAAUCCAGAUUCGCGACCACACCAUCACCUUCAGCAGCAUCAUCAUCAUCAGCAUCAUCCCGGAAAUCAUCUCCACUCUGGCGAUUCGGGGGGUGGGAUAGGAGGUGGAGGAGGUGGCGGUGGAGCCGGUGGAGGUGGCGGUGGCGGAAGUGGCGGCGGUGGAAGUGGCGGUGGUGUUGCUGGUGUUGGUGGAGGAGGGUCGGCCGGGCCCGAGGUUGACAGAUCCGUCAGGAUCCACGACGAGGACGACGAGGACAUCACCGAGAGGGAGGACGAGGAGGAAGACGAGGAUCCUUGCAGCUCGCCCGAACCGGACCUCGAAAACGAGCCGGAGCCCAUGGAGGUCCAAGCCUCGGCCGUCACAGCGGCGGCCGCCAAUCUUCACGCGCUGCGACAGCAUGUUUUCAAAAUGUCGGACUACUGGCAACAACCGCAACGGGGUCCGCCUCAACAUUCGCCGGGCAUACAGCACAGCCCUAUCUCCAACUCGACUCAACAGCAAGUGCAACAGAUGCACAGCCCUCUUGGUCAGCAGCAGCAGCAGCAGCAGCAACAACAACAACAACAGCAGCAGCAGCAACAACAACAGAACGUCUCGCAGGUGCAGCAGACCGCUAACGCGACAUUAGGACAGACCGCCAGUCCGCAACAGCAGAUGCAGCAACAACAACAGCACGCGAUGUCCAUGGGCCAACAAACGGCUCAAGGAGCGCAGCAUCAGUCUUCGCCGGCACCGACGACGCCCUCGCCGCAGGCCGACCAUCAGGGCGCCAUCACGUCCAGCAUGGCUCAGAGUCUUCACAGUCUCGCACAAGCACAACAAAGCAUGUCCCAAGCCUCGAGUCCGUCGUUGGCCGUUCAAGCGGUCCAAGCGGCUCAGGCUCUCAAUCAGAACCUGGGGCAGGCGUUGACUCAAGCCUUGACGCAGAACAUGCAACAGAACCUAGGGCAAACUCUGCAGCACAAUCUCGCGCAAAGUCUGACCCCGAGUCUGUCUCCCCAACAGCAGCAACAGUUGCUGAAUCAGCCGCAGAACUUGAGCCAGGCAAGCCAGAACCUGCAACAAAAUAUCCAAAGUCAGGCGCAGAAUUUGUCGCAGACGUUGCAGCAACAGGCGCAGAAUUUGACCCAGAACCUCGGCCAGAGCUUGAGUCAACAGGCGCUGCAACAACAGGCAGCGCAAAACCUUACGCAGAAUUUGCAACAACAGGCUCAAAAUUUGACGCAGAACCUGCAACAGCAGGCGCUCAACAUGGCGGGCAGCAUCGCUCAGAACGGAGCCCUCGCCGGGAUGAACAUGUCGGCCAACCAACAACAGAACUCCCAGAACUCGAUGCUAAGUCCGGGCGCGACCAGCCAAGACUCCCACGAUGCCAGUCUGACUGAAAAGCUUGUCAACGAGCUGCAGUCUCGUGCCUCUGCGGCGGGACUUGGAGGUGCGGGAGGCGCCGGCGGAGGCGGAGGAAUGGGCAACAUCAGCGAACGCACCCUCGAGGAAUGCUGGUCCACCCUGCAACGAUUCUUCUCGCAGAUCUUCAUGCACAAGAGCGCGAUGCAGAUGCACGCGAGGGAGCUCGGCGCGGCGGGUGCACUGACGGGGAGAGCUGGCGGCGGCGUGGCGGGCGGACUGGCAGGCCUGGGUCCGAUCGGCGUCGGGCCGGGCGGCAUGAUCGCCGGCAACGAGGUAAAGCCACACCAGUGCCAGCAAUGCCUCAAGUCAUUCUCCAGCAACCACCAGCUCGUACAGCACAUCAGGGUCCAUACUGGCGAGAAACCGUACAAAUGCAGCUAUUGCGACCGCAGGUUCAAGCAGCUCAGUCAUGUACAGCAACAUACCCGCCUGCAUACGGGUGAACGUCCGUACAAGUGCCAUCUACCGGAUUGCGGGCGGGCAUUCAUUCAAUUAUCGAAUUUGCAGCAACACCUUCGAAAUCACGACGCUCAGGUGGAACGGGCGAAGAACCGGCCGUUCCAUUGCAACAUCUGCGGCAAAGGCUUCGCCACAGAAUCCAGCCUUCGUACCCACACGUCGAAGGUCAGUCAUUGUUCCAAGUACCCAUGGCAACGAUUAAAGGAGUUGCAACAGCGUGUUGUGUUCCAGCAACACGCCGCCCUGAUCGGCGGCCCGAACGCAACCAGCUGUCCCGUCUGCCACAAACUCUUCCUCGGUGGCGAAGCUCUCAUGGAGCACAUGAAGCACACCCAUAAGGAUCCGAAUGCCUCCGGCGUUGCCAUUCCCUCCGCUGACUGCACAACCUCCGUUGCCGGGGUUUACCUAGCGAAGCGACGGACCGCCAACCACCCGUGUCCAGUGUGCGGAAAACACUACGUCAACGAGGGUAGUCUUAGGAAACACUUGGCCUGCCAUCCUGAGACCAGUCAACUUAGCACAAGCCUCAGGAUGUGGCCGUGCUCGGUGUGCCAAGCCGUCUUCACUCAUGAGAGCGGUUUGUUGAGUCACAUGGAGCACAUGAGGAUGGAUCCCAAGCAUCAGUUUGCGGCACAAUACGUUUUAAGUCGCGCCGCCGCCGAGAGGCGGGAGAGAGAAAUCCUUGCGUCUUCGAGUCUAGGUGCGGGAUUGGGUGUUUUGGGAAGCCAAACAGGCGGACCACAAAAUUUGCAACAACCGCCGAUGUGCCCUUCGCCGUCGGCUCAUUCGGACAGCAGCAGUGGAAACGGAAGAUUAUCGUCGGCCGGUAGUGAACCUGACUUUUGCGCAGGUACCGGUCUGCUCAACAACAACAACAAUAACAACAACAAUAAUAUGGCGUCGCCGGGGCCGAGUGGCAACAAGCUGAGCGAGAUGCUACGAGCAGGAAGUCAACCAGGCUCCGCGCAACAAUACCACGACGAGAUGCAGUCGCAACAACAACGUAUGGCAGUGAUGGCCGCCGCUGUGUCAGCGGGUUUACAAAAUUCAGUGUCGCCGAAUCUAUCGCCGGUGGACAUGGCGUCCCUGGCGGCGGCAAUGAGGAUGGGAAACAACGGUGACAUGAGCGGCGGUGCGCAAGGAUCAACGGGACCGCAACAACAGGGAGUUCAAGCAACCGGACCAGAACAGACUCUGAGAAUGCACCAGGCGGAAGCGUUGCUGCGUUCUCAAGCCGAAGCCGCGCUCAGGCUGGCUGUGUCGCAGGCGGCAGCGGCGGCAGCCAGUUCCGCGGUUGGUGGUGACGUGAGACAUCAUUUGGGACAGCAUAACGGAGGCAGCACCUCUGGCAUGCCUGGACAUCACACGAACCAGCAGAUGUCUCAACAAGAUACCUUACCGCCUGACCUUGGGGAAGCGCUGCGAUUACAAGAACAGCGAUUAGAACAGGCCCUGAGGCUUCACGGUGAUCCUCGAGCCUUGAGUUUCACUCUCCAGCACGUCGUCAAUCAACAGAACAAUCAGCAACCAUGAAAAUUCAGUUACUACUGAGACGAGUGGACCCCUUGGACGUCGGAUCAGACGGGCCUGCAGCAAGUUGAGAGACUCAAUCAGCAACCUCUUCAAGGCGUUGAACGUUCGAUAACUCUCAACGACCAACAACAACAAGGUUCGUCUGGCAUCGGUCUUCAGCAACAACAACAACAACAUCAACAGCAGCAGCAGCAACAACAGCAACAUCAGCAGCAGCAGCAGCAGCAGCAGCAUCACCACCACCACCACCAACAGCAGCAGCAGCAGCAGCAGCAGCAUCAUCACCACCAUCAAUCGCAACAACAGCAACACCAACAACAGCAGCAGCAGCAGCAUCCUGAAGAUCGUGGUAUCAAGAGGAAGGCCGACGAUAUGAUCGGUAACUCUGACAACGUGUAAAGAGAACGACGUACAUGGACGAUAAACAGUGCGAACCGUUUGUCGUCUUCUACGUCGAUUCUAACAUAGAAGGCGUCCAAGUGAGGUCAUCCGCGAAAUUACUCCUGUCUCAGCAGUAGAAACGAAUUAUCCCAGUAAAUUAACUAAUUAUUAAGAGUCUGAAAAAGAACGAUUGCUUUUCAGAUUCUCGAGAAAAAAUCCUAUUUUCACUCGGUUAACGCGCGACGAUUGAAAGAGAUCGUCGUGAUCGGGCCAAUCGUGAAACUCUUCUCUUCGAUAGAACGAAGAAGGAGGGGGCAGGAUAACGGUCAUACGUAUCUAGAAAUCCGUUAGACGGUGCGUGACGAGAACAGCGGUGGCAAUGAUCUUUUAGCGGCACGCGAAAUUCUUCGCGUGUAUCACGUUGUUCCUACUCGAGUCCUGGAUCUAGAGUUCCUAGAACGACGACGCUCGCCGAACGAGAGGGCCGUCGCUCGUCGGAGGACGGCUCGCCGGUUUUCUCUUUCGGGCGACAUUGCUCGUUUCGUUGAGACGCUCUGUCAGAAUUCUCAGGACGCAUUGUUACAACCGCUGUUCCACAUCACCCCUGAAACGUGCCAUAAUAUAUCGAACGAAACUGCUAACCAACGCGCGCCUUGUCGUCCCUCGAGUCAAGGAAUGACUUCAGGCUGCGUAGAGUACUAUGGUUUUUUUUAGUACAAGAGCCAAACGUAGACUCGGGCAAGCUGGAUAGGUGACAAGCAAUCGUCUUCGUUCCAGCGGCCGGUCUAGGCUCAACAAACUAAACUAUAUAUAUACAUAUAUACAUACCUAGAAACCAGUUUAAGGUAUCCUUAAUCUUAGCUCCCGUAACGUUUAAGCGAGAAACAACGCGUCUGAUAUGUGCGUAAACGCGGCCAGGUGGAUCAGCUAAUCCUCGUACGUUCGUUGGUUAAAUACGCGUACACGUUAUCCCCUUCCCGUUUAUCGGACAAACGCGCAACAAGUUACAAAAACGGACGGUCUGAUCCGCGAGAAUCGUGCGGCGUGACGCGGCACGGCGAGUGGUACUCGUCGUCGCCCGUCCACUACGUUAGUGAUACACGAGUACACUGAGAGAAAUGAACACGAAAACUUGUUACACAGAAACACUAAACACCAACACAUCUAAUAUACACGCGAAAUAAAAAUCUACUACACGUAAGAAUAUAAAAAUGCGCGCAACUUGUGCUGGCCGGCAGCACGAAAACUAUUAGCUCGUAAGCGAACAAACAAAAUAUAAUUAUUACAAACAGUUAUAUUAUAUAUAUUAUAUAUACAUACAGAGAGAGAGUCUGGAGUGUACGAUGGAAAGAAAACGAAAAAAGAAUUCACACGAUGGAAUGGGAUAGGACGGGGGCCCGAGGAACGGGCCCCCCUCCUUUCGAUGUACUACACGUGCACAUUUUCAAAGAAUAAUCGUGAGAGUGUACGGGAGCAUUUUUCGUGAAACCAGCACGCCAGAUAAAUGACGAAGAACAAGGUGAAAAUAAGAAAGAUGAAGAUAAAAAAUGAUGAUGAAGAGAGAGAGAGAGAAAUAAAAAAAACUAAAUGCUAAAUAUUAUAUAUAUUAUAUAUAUAUAUAUAUAUAUAUAUAAAUAUUAUAAAUAAUAGAUAUAGGGUCUAUGAGACUAGGAUAAAUUAGGCGAAAGAGAAAAUCGAAUGAAUGGGUAGCGCGUGCCCGGGCAGUGGUACACGAUCGAGCCAAGAGCCACGUCGACGAAAGAAUGGAAGGGACGCGGACGAGAAUCGAGAGAGAUGCCAGAACGCGCACACGCGAGAAAGAUCGGGAGAAAGACGGGAGAAAGACGGGAGAAAGACGGAAGAAAGACGGAAGAAAGACGGGAGAAAGACGAGAGAAAGACGGGAGAAUGAGGAAAGAGCAAGGGAGCAAGAGAGCAAGAGAACACGUGCAAGAUUUCGUGAAUGAACGGCCUUGGGAUUGUCGCGUACGUGCAAGGGCACGCGAUCGAAUGAAAGAGAAGCUGCGCGAAAGAGAAUGCUUCGUGAGCAUCAAGGAGGAGAGAGUGCGAGAAUGAAGCGAAUGAGAGAUUUUAGAGUGGCGUGCUUCAGGUAAUCUGAGGUCCUGUGAUCGUUAUAAGCGAAAUAUUUUUUUAUUUCCGGGUAUAUAUCUGAACGCGUAAAAAUACUUGCGUCGUUUCGAACUUUUACUUGCAAUAUACCGUUACGUUCUCGCAAUACUUAGAAAGAAGAAGAAGAAGGAGAAGCAGAACAGAGGUGGAUCAUUGAAAAAAAGAAAUACGAAGAUGAGGAUGACGAGGGAGAGGAGAAGAAGAAGAAGAAUAUAUAGAAAGUCCGUAGGUUUGACCGUGGAGCGAACUUUAGAGACUCGGGCCAGCCCCUAACUCCUAAAUACCUCUUUGUAAUGCCCCAUCAAUUUCGACCCCGAUUCCCCUUUUCCCGACCUUUUAUGAAACUCCCGGACUGUCCGUACUUUCGAUGGGGUUUCUUUCGGCCAGACCAGAUCAGACCAGAUGAAACGAAACGUUAGACCGUAAAAAACCACACGCGCAUCCAAAAAGAAACGCGUUCCUCUCUUCCAACUCGAAUCUUCGUUUAAAGAAUAAGAACCGAUGCGGACGGUUAUUCGAAAUUCAACGUGAAAUUUGUUCGGCGAGAAAGGGAAAGACAGACAGAGUGAUAGACAGACAGACAGACAGACAGACAGACAAACAGACAGACAGACAGACAGAGAGAAAGAGAAACGGAAUGAAAAAAUUAGUGCGAAAAAAACGAUAAAGAGGUGGUCCAAAAGAAAAUUCUAAAGAAAAAUAUCAUCGAAAAGACGAUCGUUCAAACGACGAUUCACCUACGACACGUUCGAUUUCUUCGUUUCUUCGACUGGCAAUCGCGGACUGAAGAGUGCGGAAACGAAUGGUAGCGUGCCGAAUUUUUUCUUCCCCGUGACAUCGUACGUCGACCGCGUUGUUGUUGUUGUUGUUGAUCCCACCCUUCGGACAUUCUCGACGAGAUUUUCGUUCCGUGACCGGUUCGUACGAAUUUCCCCCGUUCCUCCACUUUUCUACUUUUCAUUCCCAUUAACUCCAUUAUCGCUUCUAUCCUUUGAACGAUUUUCCUAAUUCCCGGUAUCCCGAGGUAAAGAUAAAAAUAAACGAGAAGGAAAUUUUCCUGUCCUCGCGCUUGUUAAUUUCGAAAGUGAACCUUCCUAACGACCAAAGAGAGAGAAAAGAAUGAAGAGCAAAGAGAGAAUAGAAAUUGCAAAGAUGGAAGAAAAAUUUGGAAGAUCGCGAAAAGGAAAUUCUUCAACUCCGAAUUCUAUCCCAACUACUCCGUUUCUCUUCAGGGGAUCCCCCUUUUUAACCCCUUUGUUCGCCAAUUAUGAAAGUAGCCUAACGUCGUCAUCUUCGUUGAACGUAAAAGACACGCGCCGAGAAGCCGCCGGAUAGCCAGGCUUUUUCACCAUCUGGGUCGAGAGAAGAAAAGAUUGCUAAAAAGAUUCAUCGUCAAAGCUACAUUUAACGAUUGCACUCGCCUCGCGACCGGAACUCGAAGGAUUUGCCAUCGGUUGCACCAUUCGAGAAACACGAUCGUCUCGAAAGCUUUCAAAAGCGCAGUCCGAAGCCAACUAUUUCCCCUGUACGAUUCGAAUCUGACACGAACGAUCUGACACGAAGUAUGGCAAAUGGAACAAACAAGCAAAUCAAAAACGAUUACGUACCUGUGUCUUUGGAAUGCGCAAAAAAUAAAAAGAGAAUGAGGAUGAGAAGGAGAGGGAGAAGGAGAAGGAGAAAGAGAAAGAAGAAGAGAAAAAGAGAAAGAGGGAGAAAGGGAAGACGAAAGAGGAGGGGAAAAGGUCACCUCGAGUUCUUGGUAGUGUGCAUGUGGGUCGAUCAUUGAUCGUUCUUAUUACAACAAUUUUUACGUUACAGGGCGUUUUUUCCUCGGAUUAAGUAGUAUGUAAAUACACCUUGAUAUCACAAGCAUAAACUGAGAAUUUACUGGUAAACUUAAAUCAAGUACAUAAUGCGAAAUAGGGUUAGUUUCUAUGUAAAUACCUAAAGCUGGACGAGUGCAUACACCUCGUUCACGCAACCAACGAUAAUCGUUUUUAUCGAACCAAUGCUUCUGUUCGUCAUCGGUGUACGCCUGGUCGUUGGUGAUCGCCCUUGUACAACCCGUUUGCCAAACAAUACCGUCGGCGAAAAUCAACGUGCGGAAGAAGAGGCGGGGGGUUUGAGCAAGAACGUUCUCCAAAAUGGGCGUCGCUGAUCGGGAAAUUUUUUUUUCUCGACACUGAUACACCCACACAGUUACACAUACACGCUCACAUACACACAGCAUUGCGAUGGAUUGUACAGCUACGAUAGGAUAGAUAAGUAAGCCUCAACACAAUUCUUCACACACUCGCACCACCGGCACCGACUAGCCUCCAAAUUAAGACAGGGACCAAACGUUUGGCGAACACAAUUUUUCCGACAAAUUUUCUUAACCGUAUACGUAGGAGAACGCGAACAACACUUUUUUCCAAAGCUAUUCAACGUUUCAGGCGCGAACGAUUCGUUUGUUUCGGCAAAGAUGCGGCGCCACUAUCGAAAUACAGAUAUCGCGGCAUUCGAAUACAGGGUCAAGUAGAACGAGCGGAUAAAAGUCGGACAUUUCGCGGCUAGAUGACUGGCUAAAAAUUCGGAAUUAGGCAACGAUCAGCAAUCAUUUGGUAAUCAUCUAAAGGAGCGAAACGCGCCGCAAGAAAAGCUAAAACGCUAAAACGCCAUUUAAACAAAGACAAACAGGAAGGAGAAGAAGAAAUCGAUGGAAAAAUUUAUGCAGCGGAUCAUCUUUGCAAAACAAACGAAAAGGUAUAAAAUAAAGAUAAAAAGACGAUUCUACGGUCCCUCGACGAAACAAGCAAACAGCAAAAAGGAAAAAAAGCAAAAGAAAAAUCAUGAAAAAAAUAAUGGUGCACGAAAGUAGGAGCGGAGGAGAUGAUACGAAGAGAUUUAAAAAAAAAGCAACAGCAUCACCACUUUUCACCAUCACUAUCGCCAUUAUCAAAAGUAAGAAAAUGUUAACAACAACAACAAUACAUAAAUAAACACAAGCAGCAGAGCACAACGUCGAGAUCUUUCAUGAUGGUAGUCAUGAAAGGAUUCCGAGGCGACAAGCUUUUCACCGGUGCAUCCUGCCGUGCGCCGAGGGUUGCUUUUUCAUUGAACGUGAAACAACGAAAGAAAGAAUGGUAAACGUAGAAGGAGGAUAGGAGAGAAAAGAAAAAGAGCAAACGAUGCAGAAUCGGUAGAAGAGAAAAAGGGGCAGCCGACUCAACUCCCCCGCACACAUCACAUCCCCGCGCGAGAAGGAGGAAUUAUUCCCGAGGCGCCGGCCCGUGCCCCGCGAACGUGUACCAUAAUUAUUAAAAAUUAAACAAAACACACAGCAAGUUACAAUAGAUCUAGUAGUGUAUGUUCUGUAAUCGAAGAAUGAUAAGCAAAGAUAACGAAAUAAAAAAAAAAAUGGCGUGCUCGCCGUCGUAGGCGUGCCGGCAAAAAAAGCACAAAAAAAUAAUUUACAAAUAUAUUGAUUUACAUAUGCCCGUAACUCGUAAGCGGGCCGGUGGCGCAACGCGUCUACCUUUGCCGGAUUUUCAACCAAGCUUACCACUGUCGCUAUUACCACUGUCGCUAUUAUCGAUGUCGCUAUUAUCACUGUAGUAGUUACGCGAUAGGACGUGUCGCGUCGCAACACACACACGCGCGCGCACGCGCGCGCGCAGAGAGACACAGCGAAGAAGAGAGAAGAGAGAAGAAAGAAGAUAGAAGAAACGAGUACGACUCGGCAAAGGCGAAGGCAAUGGAAAUGGAAAAGGAAAAGGAAAAGGAAAAGCAACUAGUCGUCCAAGUGGCCGGCUCUCGACACGCCGGCAGAGCGAACGAUGGACGAUCGAAAGUGUGAUUAAUAGAGAAAGAAGUAGACGAACCGUAAGUGUUAAACGCGACAGAAAAAGCGGUAAAACGUUGAGGAGAAAACUGGUGAAAUGAAAAUCACCGAGCAUUGGGAAGCACGUAGUCUGCAAAACCAGCCCUUACCCAUAAUCUUAAUCUCUUUCAUGUAAAUUUGCUAAAUGUUUAAAUAAUCUAAAAAAAUGCCAUAGCCCGGAUGCGCUGGUGUAUACUCCCAGUGCAUACACACUCACAAAUACGACUCGACCUCACGAAUCAAACGCAAAAUCCGCGUCGCCAGUUCUUCGAUGGAUGGCACGCGGUAAAAUUGGUAUUCUCGCCAAGGAGCAAACAGUUUACAAUUGCACAAUUGACAGAAUCACAGACAAGCACACGACAAGAUGAAGACAAAACCGAGGCCCGCGUUUCACCGUGACGCGACGUCGGGAAUGAAUCGUCGCGGAGGAUCCGCGAUCUCGGCCAAUACACGAGUAAAAUCAAAGUUGCCCUGGUUCUCGAGCGUGCAACCCCGCGCGCUCACACACAUUCCAUACACAGGUUGUACAAUCGUCCACGUUCGUUGCCGAUAGUACGGCCGACACUCUUGCGCCUGGCGCAUGCAUCAAUCCAUACACCUUCUACACGUGUUACACUCUUUACACUCUUUACACUCCUUACACUUUGUACACUUGAUUACACACGCUACGGAUAUGUAAAGCCAAUUGAUUUUGUAAAUUGUCGAAAAAAAGCGGCAGACAUUCAAAAAACCAGAACGAUUCGGCCUUUUACGGUACUUUUUCCACGAACGUUAAAAUAUUUCAAACGCAUUGCGGAAACCAAAAAUAUGUUAGAACGUUUACUACCGAUCCGUUUGAAAAGAUCCACGCGAGGAUCGUCAGCGAUCCGCUCUCGCUUUUCAAGCGGAAAGGAAUCGUUUCGAACGCAAGUGAACGAGGAUUUACGGUUGAUAUACAAAAAGCAAUUUAUUCAAAAGACAUAUGAGAUAACAAAAAAAAAAAAAAAUGCAAGAAAAACGAGCACGAAAAUCGAAGCAAAAUUCGCGGCCUUUGGCAUACGUUUGGAUGCAGAACCGAUGAUGAAACGGCGUUUGCGUCUCGUACGCUGACGUCACACCAUGCAUCCCGGAAUUGACGUUAAUAUACCCGGAUGUGACGUGACAUAUCCUUCGUUUGAAGAAUGUCAAAGUAAAUCGAAGAACCAAGUGGGCAGGCUGGCAAUCGAGACGUGCCACCAUACGAACCAACAGAUGUUUGAUAGUGAAGAAAAAACGACGAAGACCAGCCAAUCAACCAACCAACGAACCAACAAACCAACAAAAGAACAAACAAAGUGUAAGAAAACGUCCCAAGAGAUAGACGUUAAACGAAAAAGAUGGCGCGCCUCCAGUAUACUACGUAUACUAGGUAUACGAGUAUGCUAGGUAGAGAAAAGAAGAGAGAAACGCCUGUCCCACGUACGGAGAAACCAACGUAAUAACCAUCCUAGCAAGUAGCAACGGCAUUAGGAGAGCCGUUGUUCAAAUUCGCGGCUUUACAAGCAAAAACCGUUGAUUUGUUUUCGAUCGGGUUUUAAUUUUUUAAUGAAAUAAUCUCACAACGAAUAUACCACGUACGAUCGCGCGCUAAUCGAUCCAUGCGAGAAGAUGGGGCAAAGACGUAUGUGUAUAUUCGUGACAGUGUGUAUCGUAAGUGCGCAGCAUAUGAUAAAACCGACAGUCUAGCAGUGCGAGCGCCUCGGCGGCAUUUGCGUUUUCACGCGAUGUCCCUGACCGAGCCUCCGUGAUUAAAAACCGGAAUAAGUUGUUUCAAUGUCCACUAUAUAAAUGAAGAGGCAUAGCUGAUAAGACGGUGGGUUUGCGUUCGCCGUUCGCCGUUCGCCGUUCGCCCUUCUCGAAUCGUUCGUCCCGCUUCGACCACGAGAUAAUACGAUAUAUUUAUCGGAGUACGAUUGCGAUACCGGAGCACCGACGAACUUUAAUCCUGCGAAUAAGAAAUGGAGGCUGCGAUACCAUCCCCCGGAGUUCCAAGUAAAAAGCCAAAAUCCCUUGCAUUCUUUUACACGAGCUUAAACAAGUACAUACGAGUAUUCCACAGGUUCUGGCAACGUGGAAAACUUCAUGUUCAAUUUAUUAUGGAAACGACAAACGAUAAGACAACAAAAUUUUCUUGUCCAUCGUCUUGAUCAUCUUCAGGCACUUUGACCAACGUAUCGGGACAAAACUAAACGGGACUAUUUCAAAAGGAGAGACGACGAGACAACAUCCUCUUACGAAUAUGCUGAAACUCCAGCAGAGUAGUAACGUGCCGUGAAUUUCAUCGAUCGAGACGCCGAUCGGUAAAACAAUCGUCGACGACGAACGUGCGAACCCACCGUGCUGGCUCGUCGUUGCGAUCCGAGGAAGCCUCGACGCUUCUCGGUUUUCACGACGAGUCGAUACUCUUUUCAAAAUAUUCUCCAAAUUUUUUGUUCACGAGAAUGUGUUUUCUUUACCCUAACCCCAUUUACAACCCGCCGUAUACGCGUCCGAGGAGAAAAACCGAGUCCAAAGCUUCUUUCUUUGAAUCUAGAAAAUUUUACGAAAACUCCAUAAAGUACUGCACGCUUUCGAGUAUAAAAAGUAAUUACAAAGGAUAGGAUAGAACGUACGUAGGGAAAUUUCGAGGAUAAUAUGGAAAAAUGUAAAAGUCCGCUUAGUGGGUGCCUUCGUCAGGGUUUUCUGUUACAGUUAAACAGACGUUUCAAGUAUAACUCACAACUAGUAGUACUAUGGUAGAACAGUUAUUACAGUGUACCGCAAUAAACAGUUAACUAAGUAAGUAUACAGGAAGCACAUGGUCUUUUCAGUGUCUACAAUCUUGUCGUACACCACCGCCAAUCGCGUAGUGGAACGACCGGAAAUACCGGAUUCAUUUCGUACGCAAUUUCCUCUGACCCCGGAACAUCCCUCAACAUCCGACAUAAAAACGUAGUUUCCCGCAAACUUUUCGACGUUAAAAACAUUUUCGGAAUUCGAAUGAACGCGCGGUCCAUAUCUCAACUCAACGAAAUUACAUACGAAAUUAUCCCGAAGAAGAUAUCCCAAUCGGCAAGACGAACGCGAGCUACGACGUUUUACCCGUUCGACCCGACCGCCGUUCGUUUCCUCGAUCCCCGCCGAUUCCUCUCCUCAAAAUCCAAUCAGUAUUUAACAGAAUAAAUAUGCUACUAAGUGUACUAAGUGUUCGUAGUUUAGGCAACGUGUACGUUGUAUGCUCCGAAUAGGUGAGAGAGAAAGAUAACCGAGAGAGCGAAAGCGAGAGCGCGAAAGGGAGACGAUUGUACGGUGGAGUCACACAUAUUUAAACUAACAGAUAAUAAUUAAUUAAUUACAGUACCGUAACCAUUUGUCAAGUCAAGUUAAUUAACAGUUAACCGUAACUCAUACACGCAUAAUUAUUAAUUAAACGUACUCGACUCUAUAUUCUAAGGACAGCAGCGACCGCACACAGCGUCGUCGCAUUUAUUCGAUAAAUCGCGCAGGCACUCACUACGGAAAUGAAUCGAAGGACUGUGGGACUCGGACGCGGAUCGGAAGGUGCUUGAACGAGCGUCGCGACGCGUACAGUAUUAUCAACGAGAAACUGUCGAAAAUCCUUUAGAUCUACGGUGAAACGGCACCCGGAAAAUAUCCUGGAAACGGAGAAACAGAGAGACAGAGAAACAGAGAAAAAAGAGAAAACAUCGGAAUCUUAGCGGCUUGUUGUUGGUCAAAGAAACGCGAAGCUACGCGCGUUCAAGUUUCCCCCGUUUUUCAUUAGUCUUUCAAGUGCAGCGUUCAGUUACUUCACUUAUGACGUUGCUUUCAACACAAUACAAAACACCCCGCCACCCAUCCUUACAGAUCAAACCCAUUCACCGUAUCCUCAACCCACGGGUAAUCCUCUCAGUGCCAACCCCCAGUUUCACGUGUACGCAUUGUUUCAAAUUUGUUCGCCACGUCUCAGUUACGAGUUUCACGCGACGUCAGUCCGUGUACCGCGUUCUCCUCUUCAUUAACUAAAACUCGUUCCAUUACGAGUUUUCUCGCAAAAAUCGAACCAUACGAAACGCAAUAUUCACCGUGAUUCGUUGAGAUUCGUUGCGAUUCGUUGCGAUUCGUUGCGAUUCGUUGCGAUUCUUUGCGAUUCCUUGUGUUUCGCUGUGUUUCGUUGCGAUUAAAACAUGAAAACACGUUAUCCAAGAUGACAAAAGAAAUCUUUACAAAAACAGAUACUUUGGAGAUAUUGUCGCUUGAUCAGUUCAAGAUCGGAGUAAAUAAAUUUCGAAAAAUGGGAGAAACGCGGCGGCACACGGCUGGCGUCGAUUAUCGAUGAAAAGCAAACGAGUUAAGUUUCAAAUGUCAGACAUUUUACGUACAGUUUGUUAUCAAGUAACACAGCGCAGAUUAUUGUUAAUUUUCGGCGCCCGUUUUCGUCGCGUUUCUAUUCGUCUCCGAUGAGAACAACUUACGGAGAAACCGCGAAGCAAUUGGUGGUAAAACGGCUGUCUAGCACGAUGCGACGAAAAUGUGCGUGCUCGGGUUUAAUGGUAUCGAUUGAGUUUGGUCGAAGUCCCCUUUUGGGCAAAUUAUAUCGACGCACUUCCGGUUCCACCGGCCCGUCCAAAUUCAGACGAUCGGAGAAAGGGAUUAAGAAAGAGCCUGCUUUCGUCCGGAUCAUCAAUUCGAAAUUCAAUUCUAGUCAAAAAAGGGUACAAAGCCGUAAACGAGUUGACUCUCGUUUGGCAAAAAAGAUCGGUACUUAUUUAUCGCGAGUCGUUCGAGCGCGAGGAAAAACCGGCUCGAAUCGAAAUCGAUCGGUACGAGGCUCGUGGGAAAGUGGUACUACGGAAGAUCGGAGCUCGGAGGAGCUCGAAGAAGCUCGAAGAAGCUCGGAGAACCUUGGCGGCCUGUCGAUCGAAAUUGGCGUAGGGGGGGGGAGAAAAACAAAUCUUUUCGAUGAAAUUCCGAGGACGAAUUCUGAAAAAGAAAUGGGCCAGUGGGACCGUAUACUGGAAAAAUAUCCGCGUUGUUGACAAAAGCAAGUAGCCUCUUUUCGUUGUAUCAAAAGUCGGCCAAAGUCCGAUCGAUCCUUGUAUAAGCAAAAACGACACACUUUCAAAAUCCUAGAAAAUGGAUGUACGGUGCGAAUGAAUAUUUCGAAAGCUUCGAUGAUAAAAAUUGUUAUUGCUCAUUCGUAUUUUACUUUCUUUUUUUAUUCUGCAAAAUGCCUGCCCAUCCACGCUUUUCAGCCAGGACACUAGGCGGAUCCUCGUUCGCGUUUUAAAAAUCAUCCAAGUUGCGUCGAUUCUCUCUUUCUCCUUUUGAGACGGACGACGACAAUUUCUAUUUCGCUGGUAAGAAGGGACAACAAAACGCGACACGAAGAUCUGCCACACUGUUCCAGCAUUUUGAUACCGCGAUUAAUCCACUACUAUUAUUAUUAUUAUCGCUAUUAUUAUCGCUAUUUUUAUUAUAAUUAUCGCUAUUAUUACCGCUACUAGUUUAUAAUGAUUAGUUGAUUAUUACGAAAAAAAUUGCUAAAGGGCAAUUGGAGGCGUAUUUUUUAGAGAGAAACGCGAAAGAGAGCGCGAGCUCGAUUCAAGUUCGCUCGAAUCAUCCAAGCCAUAAUAUUACACUCACUGUCGAUCGAUUACAAUCUUGAAAGAAAAACGAAAAAAAAAAAGAAAAAAAAACAAAAUAAAA